GCAAAACAGCUGAUCGGAAGGAGAUAGCAAUACGGUGCGAAGGUGCAACACGAAAUUAGCAAAAAGGCUAAAAGUAAAUAUCGCUUAUUUUCGCUUAUUCCGCCAGCAAAAGAGGCGCUGCGGCGGCGGCGGCGGGUCUAGUAACGAGGCGGAAAAAGUGAAAAAUAAGCACAAAUAAGACGGCAGCAUUUCGUCAGCGCAGAAAGUCCGGGAAAACCGAAGCGAACAAAAUAAAACGAUGACGAGUCGCCAGCGGACAGUGAUUAUAUUCAAAUCGGAGUCGGACAGCAGCGAUGUGUACGCGGAAACGCUGGAGAAGCACGACUUCAAUCCGGUCUUUGUGCCCACACUAAGUUUUGGCUUCAAGAAUUUGGAGGAGCUGCGCGUCAAGCUUCAGAAUCCGGACAAAUAUGCUGGCAUCAUCUUCACAUCGCCGCGUUGCGUGGAGGCGGUGGCCGAAUCCCUCAAUCUGGGCCAACUGCCGGGCGGUUGGAAGAUGUUGCAUAACUAUGCCGUCGGCGAGGUGACCCACAAUCUGGCCCUCAGCACCUUGGACCAGCUCUUCACGCACGGCAAGCAGACGGGGAAUGCCCGGGCCCUCGGCGAGUACAUUGUGGACACGUUCGAUGGAUCGCGCGCACUGCCGCUGCUCCUGCCGUGCGGCAAUUUGGCCACCGACACGCUGCUCUCGAAGCUGGCGGAGAACGGUUUCUCCGUGGACGCCUGCGAAGUCUACGAGACGCGCUGCCAUCCCGAGCUGGGCGAGAAUGUGGAGCGGGCACUGGAGAUCUACGGCGAGUCCAUCGAAUUCCUGGCCUUCUUCUCGCCAUCGGGCGUCACCUGCGCCCAGCAGUACUUCGGGGCGCGCCAGCUGUCCAUGGACAAGUGGAAGCUGGUGGCCAUCGGGCCGAGCACCCGGCGAGCCCUCGAGUCGCAGGGCCUGAAGGUCUACUGUACCGCCGAGCGGCCCACCGUGGAGCAUCUGGUCAAGGUGCUGCUCAAUCCGCAGGACAGCCGCGAACGGCUGCUCAAGGAGCGCGAACGGAUCGCCGCCCUCGAGAAUAACAAUUAAGACGCGUAACCCUAAGAUUCGUGAGCAGGUCAAAUGUCCAAGACACCAUAAGCCUGCAUUAUCUAUCAUUUUCAUAUGAAUAAAGCCAAGGGUUUGGAUUUUGCAGCUGUGUAAUUUCAAAAAACAGCACAUUAUAACCCUAGGCUUAUUAAACCCCUGGAUAAAUCUCUAAUCGUAUCACUUUCAUAGGUAUAACUCAAAUUGUUAAGUAAUAUCCUAAAGAUUCUAACGUUUUAGAAUUCCAAGAUUAUAAAAUUCUUUCUGCAUCUUAAACUUCCCAGUUAAAAAAUGUAAGCCUAAGAUUCCCAAUAUUGGAAAUCAUAUAUGUCCCAUAUAAAAUUGUAUGAGUUAUGUGGAAAAAGCAGGACUUUGGACUUUGGUUGCAAAAUUCAAAGAAAAGGUUAAAUUCUACGACUUUGUUAUGUUAAUUCUUCUAAGACUAGAAAAUAAAAUCACAAUUAGAAUCCACAUGAUUAAAUAUCCCAGGAUAAGUAAUUACGUCCCCCAAAAGAAACACAAAAAAAGACUUAAACUCGUAGUUUUUUUUUCGAUUGACCUCCGAGCGAGUACAAAAUUAGCGGGCAUCAAAUGCCGACGUCUUUAUUUUCUGUUUACCAUUGGAUUAAGCUGAAUAAAUUGUUUCUUUUCUAAAUUUAGUCGGUAGUCUUUGUGGGUCAAAUCGGAGGUGGCAGAGAACUAAAGUAAAUUUAAGCGAUUAUUGACUUUAGUUGUACUCAAUAUUAUUGACUUUUACAUUUUGUCAACUGGGAUUUAAAUAAAGUUUUAGUUUAUAUAUGUUUUGGGAUA